AUGGCGCAGUCCAAGGAGAACGAGAAGAAGCUGAAGAGCAUGGAGGCCGAGAUGAUUCCACUGCAGGAGGUGUUCCACGCUCAAGGGGAUAAUCGCAAAUAUUUUUUUGAUGCCAUUGAGUAUUUAAAGGACCCAUGGAACCAAGAGAAACUGCAACACCUGCUGAGUUUUGAAUCCUGGAAGAGAUUUGUGGCUGCAGCCAAGCUGUCCAGAGAUAAGGCUGAUGCACUCUAUGCAGACUUGAGCCAGCUGGAAACAUUCAUGGCCAUGGAAGACCAGGAGCAUCUGGAGAGCUUUAUGAAGGAGUUUCCUCAGGUGAAACAGGACCUUAAGGAUCGCAUACGGAAGCUCUAUGUACUUGCUGAUGAGGUUGACAAGGUGCACAAGGACUGCACCAUCACCCAGGUGGCAGCCGCUUCCACCGGCGCUGCGUCUGGCCUUCUGUCCAUCGCUGGCCUGUGUCUGGCGCCUUUCACAGCAGGGGCUAGUAUGGCGCUUUUGGCAACUGGGGUGGGACUGGGGGCAGCAUCUGCUGUGACCGGUGUGACUGCCAACAUCGUGGACAUGUCAAAGGAUGCCUCAGCAAAAGCCGAAGCCAGCCGCCUAGUGUCAACUGGCAGCGACACUGUCAACGAGGUUCUACAUCACAGCAUAGGCGAAAUUGCUUCCUUAGCAUGGGAGUGCUGCCAAUCCCUGCUAGCCAUUGUUGAGGGUUCUAAUGUCCUCAAGGUGGCUGAACGCAGUGCUAUCUCAGCCACGCGCUUCCUGCGCAAGGGGGCAGUCUCAGCCCGAACCUACAAGCAACUGCAUAAAGCUUUAAAAGGCACUGUUGUGGCCACGAGCAAAGGAGCCAGGGUCUUUGAUGCAGCCACGGCAGGUGUAUUCUUUAUCGGGGAUGUAGUGGACCUAGUGAACGAGUCAAAGCACUUACAUGAGGGCGCAAAGGCUGAGUCGGCAGAGGAGUUGAGGCAGCAGGCGCAGGAGCUGGAGCGGAGGCUGGAAGAACUCACCUGCAUUCACGGAAGUCUACAUCCCCAGACAGUGCAGGGAGCAGGGUAG